AUGGUGAUGCUGAGGAACCAUUCAAGAAGAGCAGUGAGCAGCAAACAGAGUUCCAUGGCUGAUAACAAGUCCUUUUCUUCUCCAAGAUUCUUCAAUGGUUUUCUAACCAGAAGCUUAUCUGAUGUUCUUGUUGACUCUGAAAUUAGCCCAAAAUCCAUUCUUGAUAGCAAACAAAUCUUCAAUCUUGGCAACCCUUUUGGAUAUGACAGAAACUCAUCAUAUGCAAAUUAUGAAGACAAAAAGAGUUCAUCAACUUUAGAAGGUAUUAAACUAAUUGCUCUGCUAGACCCUAUUGAGAAUGAAGAGAAUAUUAACAGUACUAGCAAAAUGGUUGUGUUUGGAACAGAGCUUAAAGAUUUUGGUAUCAAGACUAAGGAUUCUCAUGUGUUGGCAUUUGGGAAUGUUAAAGAAGAUAAAGAUUCAUCAAAGGGUGGAUUGAGUUUGAGGGAAAUGGAGAGUUUAGAGGACUAUACAUGUGUGAUUACUCAUGGUCCUAAUCCCAAAAAAACUCAUAUAUUUGAUAAUUGUGUUGUUGAAAGUUGCUCUGUUUUGGGGAAGUUGUCUGAUUGUUCAUGA